AUGAAAAAUCCCAGAAAGCCAGCUACUAUUCAGAAAGAUUUUUUCAUGAUGAGAACUUUGAAUAUCUCUUAAUCUUCAGUGUGUAGGAAAAUAUUUAUCGGGCAAUGUCACUAGACUUUUUUGAAUUAUAAAAUGUCAGUUGAGUUUGGCGGGCCGAUCUAUGAACAAACAAAUCGUUGUUAAUGGCCGCGGUUCUUGGUUUGUGAUGGAAGUUUUAUGAUAAGCAGACGUUGCUUUAGUGGAAACGACUCGAGGAAUUUAAUACGUUAGACAUGACUUCCACGCCAACAUCCCCAAACUAUAGCAACAAAUCUAAAAAAUCGAAUGUAGAAGCAGAACAAAUACCUGAGCCCGAUUCCACUACAACGUUAGAAAAGGAAGUGAACGAGUUUAGUGCCGGUCAAGAAGUCUUGGUGAAACGUAUAGAUGACAAAGAGAAAAUUGAAAAAUUUUUCUUUGGAACUGUUGUUGAAGUGAAUGUUUUGCAACACAAGUGUUUAGUUAAAUAUGGGGAUAACACAAACCACUGGGCUGCAUUCAAAGAUCUGACCAAGCUCAGUACACCCGAAGAGGAAGAUUUGCUGUGUGUAGUUUGUAAGAAAUCCGCUCCCAAAAGCAAAAGGGAAAUUAUAAGUUGUGAUAAAUGUGGCAGGGGUUAUCACAAGAAAUGUCAUCAACCUGAAAUACCCUUUGUAUGUCAGAAAAAUGAGUCAAAUUGGAUGUGCAGUCGGUGUUUACAUAAUGAACCUAAAAAAUUGAGGAUGCGGGAUACACAAUCUCGAAGGAAUUCGUUGUCCAGUUUACCUGCAGUAGAAAAUGAAAGUGCUGAUCCCAUGAGAGUGAGAACAUUGCCUUAUGAUUUGAACUUACUUAGUUGGGAUACUAAUCACAGAGUUAAUAUAGAACAAAUAUAUUGUUAUUGUGGUGGAAAUGGAGAGUGGAAUAAGCAUAUGUUGCAGUGUGGAAGAUGUAGGCAGUGGUUUCAUGAAGAAUGUAUAGAUUGUCUCAGAUAUCCCAUAUAUUGUGGUGAUAGGUUCUAUGUAUUUGUGUGUUCUAUCUGUAAUCAUGGUAAAGAAUUUGUUCGAAGGUUAGAGAUGAAAUGGGACGAUUUAGUUCAUUUGAUGCUUUAUAAUCUGACAGUAUAUCACAGCAAAAAGUAUUAUGAUUUAGAUAAUGUAAUAUUACCAUAUAUCAAUGAUAAUUGGCAUGCUCUACAAUUACCUGCAACAAUAUUCGUUGUCACCAAAGAUGAACGUAGAGGACACAUAUUAUCCGUUCUCCGAAACAACAGGACCAGGUUUAAGUGCGGGAGGGAGAUCAAGAAGAAGACCACCAUUUGGGGCCUGAGGGUGCGACUGCCACCCCCUGCCCCCUACCUCACCCUGCCGCAGACCGGUCGCAUCCAAGAGAACGAUCUGCGGAUCCUGUGGCAGGGCGAUUCCAGGCUUCAAGUCUUGCCCAAUCACACGGGGUACUCCAGGAACACCGUGUCCCGCUGCAAGAGGGUGGUUUCGAGCGACCCCAUCAUGAUGAACCUGAUGAUGGGCAUGACUUACAAGAGGAACGGCGCACUUUCGGAGAGCGAGUCCCCCUGCCCCAGUCCCGAAGCGGAAGAGGAUAAUGCGUCUGACAAUACCAUAAAAUUAGAUAAUUAUAUUGGCAAAGGCUGUGUGAAAAAAAGUGUUCCUUUUCCGAAAAUGAGCACGCAGAUCAGGAAGCGACUGCUGGCGAUAACGUCGCCCAAGGACAAAUUCUUGAGGAGGGCGAAGAGAAGACAGACCAUAAGCGAGAUAGACGACAGCAAGGAGGAGAAGGGACGCGGUGCGUAUCUGACUAGACUAAGUCUCGACAACAAGAAAAAUAGUAAUAAUAAGUGUAACGAAUCACUGCCACCAACCCCGCCUACCUCAGUCUCGGCUCCGCCCACGCCUCCUGCCUCAGGGUCCACCUCUACGGUGUCUGAUCUGAGCAACGAUUGUUUGGAGAGCGCCAAGGAGGUCAAAGUAGUUAAAUCUUGCCCAGACACCGGCAGUCUGACCGAACUGAAUACCCAAUGUGAUACUUCAGGAGACGAGACAUCUUCAAAGAGCACACUAGAUUUAAUAAUUCCGCCACCCAAAGAUUUCGAAGGUAAAAAUAACCCCUUUCUCGCCUUACUCCGGGGUAACAACGAUAGGAAGAGGAAGAGGAGGAGCAAGGACUCGAUAACUCUACCCUUACCACUUACUGCUGUGAUACCUGGAAAGCCCAACGCGAGACCGAUGAAGCGACAGCUGAGCGAGAAAGACAUCAUCAUCGGACCGAACGGAGAGGUUAAAAGGAAACGAUUGAGGAGGAACAGAACGAGCUACGUGGCCGGUCAAACCGCCAGCAAGACUGCUACAGUUGUUCCCAUCAAACCCGACAACAAAGAUUGGAACGCCGCUUGUUCCAGCAAUACUCCCAGCAACGAUAACUUCUUCGGGGGUCGAAGACUGAGGCAGAGACCGGAGAAACCGGUGGAAAAGGAAAAGACCCCGAAUCCUCCCACACCCAAACCGAGCCCUGUGAAAACGGAGCCUGAUAUAAGCAUGGACGAGUUGAAGAGCUCGGUGAACAUCUACUUCGGGGCUGCCAACAGGAUAGCGGCAGGGGAAAGGUUUACGAUUAAAGCGAAAAGGUACGGUCCUACCGGUAAGUUGGAAUAUCUCAUCGAGUGGGACGGACCCAGCUCAAAUGGUUUGACUUGAUUAUUUCUGUUAUUUCUUUUCGAGGUUUAUAUGUUGAAGUUGCUUGUUGUACAGUAAUACUACGGAUAGGUCGUUGCGAUUGGUGACAGUUGAGGACCAUCGAUUUUCGGUUUGUACACGUCCACGAGUAUUUAUUCAAAUCUUGUUCGUUCACUCUUUGACCGUCCUUGCUGAAAAUCCUUAGGUCCUGGACAAAUCAAGUGGUAAUUACGUUUUUUCUGUUAUUUUCGUUGUGAACUGGGCAUUUUCAAAUUUAUGGUAUUAUUGAUGAUAUUUCAAUAUCGAGACCAUGAAAAAACCUUCCAAAGAAUUUGAUGUGUAGGUGAUCUUGACACAGUUUCAAUUCAAAUAGGUAAAUUUUCAAGUUGCAAACUCAAAACAACAGCCAUUUUGCAAUCAUUUAUUUUAUCGAUUCUAUGGAUUUAUAGACCAAAGAACUCCACAACCCUUUGAAAGAAAAAGAAACCAUAAAAAUACAUACAUCGAAAUUUGAUGCCCAACCAUAGAAAUUUCUCAAAAGCAUAGAUGAUUCCAUUUUUAUGGUUUUUCCACAGAAUAUUUACCUGCUCAAUGAAACUUAACCUUGAUAUUUUCAUCGGGAAUAUUUUAAUAAUUGCCUGAUCAUUUUCUUCUCAGAAAGCUAAUCAACAAUUGUUGCAUCAAUUUUAAAUAAUUAUUUGUGUAUUGUUGUCAAAGUGCUGCAGCUGAAAAUUUUUCCAACCUAUGUUGGUGAGUUUUUUUGUUUUUUUUUUCAUCGAUAAAAUAUGGUGUGCAAAGUAAAUUUGAAUGGUUGGAUAGUGUGCAAAAUUCCAAAGUAUGUUCCUAAUCCUGAUAAAUAAAUUAUGAAUGUUGACAUGUUGAACCGUUAGAGUAUUCUAGUCUAGAAUUUGAUGAAGAAACUUUUUUUUUAUGGAAUAAAUCGAAUAUCAUCACAUUAGUGCAGCGCAGAAUGAUUUUUUUCUAUACGAUGCAAGUGUGGAAUAUUGAGUAUAUAUUUUCUUCAUUGUAUGAGUUCUGCAAAGCGAAGCUUAAUGAUAACUGCCAAUUUUCAACAUAUCACUGCCAUUAUAUAUAAAUAUAUUCUAGCUGCACAGUUGAUUGAAUGGUCAGAAAUCAUCAGAGAAUUGUGUUCUUAAUAUGUUGUCGUUUAGAUAUUUUAUUCACUGAUCGAUUUAAAUUGAACGAUGAUUUUACGUAGACUUCAUAUGUAUCAACCAAUCGGAAACAAAUAUGUGGAUCAUGGAAUGAUUGUUUCAUUGCCUCCCGUAAACAAUGUAAAAAUUGGGCUAUACCUCAAAUUCUUCUUUGGAAUAAAAUUUAAUCUUGUAUCACCGUACAAAAAAUUUAAUUUCGUAUACGACUAUGGCUGUUUUAUUUAAUUUAAGUAGGCUUUUGAAACGGGGCACUUGUUCAUCUUUUGUUUGAGUGCGAAACUCGACUGAAAUAUACUAAUAUUCGAUGAUGCUUUGUACGUUUUAACUUAAUUUAUUCCAAGGAAUGAGAAACCAAAUAUAAUCGAAAUAUUUUUAUACAACAGAAAAUAAGAUUUGAUUCCAGUAUGAAAUUAGAGCAUUAUUUGUAAAUAAAAUACAGUAUUUGUAGUUCUGAUACUUCAGUCAGAUGUCACCGAAAUCUAAAAUUUGUGAGUCUUUUAAAAGGGACGAUUUCGAGUUGGUGAGCUGUUUCAAUCAAAUUCAGAGUUGAGGUGUAAUUGGAUUUAUUUAUAAAUGUCGUUAAAAAUCAUGAAAAUUUGUGAGUAACUCAAACUGUUCAUUAUUUCCGCAUCAAAACGUUUGAGUCGUACAGCUUUUAAUUUAAACUAAUUAAUUUUUUUAGCUCGAUGAGACUGAAUAUUGGGUGUAGAUACUUACAUCUUUUUAUAGUUACUUUUAUUAUUAUUUAACUGAUUAUUGUAAAAAUUAACGUUCAUGUAGAUUUUGUAUAUAAACUCAUCAUUUCAACUACGAACAUAAAACUGACCAAAUCAGUUUUCAGUGUAUUUUAAUCAACUGUUAAUUUGAAUAAAGAAUUUGUCGAAAAA